CUGGCAGAUCUACACGCCUGGCAACGAUUUAUACGCCGAGGACUUCGGCGACUACGCCUCGCUCAUCCCGAUGACGGGGCGGAGGCGGUACCCCCCGGGCGUCAGGAACGUGGUGGCGUUCAACAGGGAGCUGCAGGCGGCUGAGCUGGUCUUGCUCAUCAAACGCGGUCGAGGCGAAGCCGUCCUCGAGCACGGGCCGCCAGCAAACGGCUGGUGGGCUGACGCUGGCCAGGAUUGGCUCGGAGGCAGGCUGGACAUCCCCGCGCCGACGGCCGUGGAGGUCCCUCGCGUGCGGCGCCGCCUGCGCAAGAAGGGCGCGGAGGUGCAGACCGACCUCCCCGUGCUCGUUGAUGGAAGCCCGCCGCCCCCGCCGCCGCCUUCGGAGCGGCCGCCAGGAUCGUGGGUGCGUUGCUCGUUCGAGGACAGCGACUUCGGCCAGAUGAUACCCCUCUCAGCGGCUGCCAUCCUGCGGGGCCGCUACGGGCUCGACAGGGAUGAGAUGGACGAGUGGCGGCUCAUAGAGUAUGUGGAGGACGAUCAGGCCGACAGCUGGCGAGACGACAAGCUGAUGGCGGCGGAUCGGCAGCGACCUCCCCGAGGCGCCCUCGGGGAUCGGCUCUUCGGCGGUGGCGGAGGCGGCACCGCAACGCCCCCUGCGGAGCCCACGGUUGCGGCCGGCGCAGCUGGCACUGGCGAGGAGCAGGCCGAGGAUUUGCGCACGUGCUGGAUCGAUGUUGACGAGAAAGGCUCGAGGUUCAAGGAAUGGCGCAAGGUGGUGCAGGAGAGCUCGCAAGAGGUGUUCUCGGACUCAAGCCUGCGCGGGCCUCCUGCUUGCCUGGAGGUGUGCCGCAAGAUGUAUCGUCACGGCGGCACGCCCAAGAUCUGGUUCCAGGAGUGGUGCAAGGAGACGGGGAUCUCUCGACGGGAUCGCGCAUACCACGAGGUGCAGACACUCAUCGAAUGUUUGUACCUCACGGGCACCUACGACCAGGUGAACAUGGGAGCGCUGGCGUCGCUGGAGGUGAUCGCCCGCCGGCUGCUGCAGUAUACGGAGGCGUACGCGCACGGCGCGGACCACGCGAACUGGGCGGCGGCGAAGCACCUGGCGGGGGCGACGAACCCGCUGGACGUGGUGCCCGAGGCGCCGCGGAGCUACGCCAGCCGGCUGAGUAAGGAGGAGCACGAGCUGGAGGCGGCGCUGGAGGUGACGGAGCUGGAGAUGCUGCUGCUGCUGGCCGUGGGCGUGGCCGUGGCCGAGGCCGAGGCGGGCGGGGCCGUGGCGCCCGCCCGCCGAUCGAAGGGCACCAGUGGGCUUCGCGGCGCUUCCUUCCUGCCGCUGGCUCUCCUGAGCGAGCUGCCUCCCGAGUGGUGUGAGGGGCUCAGCGAGGCGCAGCGCCGGCGCUGGCUUCGGGGCGGCAGCGCUGCUUCCGAAAGCUUGAACUACUUGCGUGGAGGCAUCCACCGAGGCGGUCGGGCACCAGUGAGCUUGGCCAGCCAGAUGAAGAUGGAUGCUAUUUCGGCGGGCGUGCAGCAGCGCGUCUUCUCGGCGGCUCGCCAGUGGAUAGACGUUGACAGCGCCGUCAGUGAGGGGGAGGUUCCUGCCGGGCUUCUUAAGGGCAAGGCGGGGUACGCCCCCCUUGGCUCGACCAGCAUGGGCUCCUACGAGUACUCGCGGGCUAGACCUCGAGACAUGACUUUCAUGGCUCUGGUUCGCCGCGAAGUGCUGUCCAUCUUCCACUCGGUAUAUGCUUUUGUGGCGCAAAGCUACCACGCCUUCUCCGUGCUGUGGCCCACCGUGCGCGAUGAGUUGAACUGCUACCUGGGCAUCAUGGUGAUGCUGGAGUCGAGCUGGACGAGGCCGUGGACGCCAGUGGUCUACUCCUCCGACGCCAGCCUGUACGGCUACGGCGUUGCGGAGGCCUGCUUCGGGACCGAGGCGGUGGCGGAGGUUGGCCGCGUUUCGGAGCUGGCGCGGUGGCGGCUGGGUGCUGGGCUGGCGAGGCAGCAUGCCUUCGAGUGUGCCGGCUUCCUCUUGGACAGCGAGACCGGCGAGGUCGUCCGAGAUGAGGCGGGAGUCCCGAAGCGGCUGGACGCCGAGCUCCAGCGCGUGCUGGCCAGUGAGCGCUGGGAGCUGGACCCGAGCUUCCCCGAGGUGCCCAGCUGGCUCCUGCACGACUCGCAUUGGGCCACAGUCAUGGCCGAUCGGAGAGAGCAGUCGGCGGCUGACGCCGAGCCGACCUGCGGUGCCGACGCCAGCCGCCUCGCUCAAGACGGGCCGGAGGCGGACGCGGGCGCUGAGCAGCCCUGGUCCCGCUCGCUGAAUCAGAGCCGCGGGCUGGCCGCGAGGCCGUUGCAGGCCACGGGGUUUGCCGAGGUCGCGGCGGAGAGCGAGAGCGUCGAGAGCAGCGACGCCGAGGAGCCGCCGGCUGCUGCGCGCUCCCGAAGGCGCCUGCAGACGCGCGGGAAGGCGUUUAUCAGGAAGGCGAUCGAGGUGCUAGGGGCCGCAGAGUUGGGCAAGGACGACGUGAAGUUGGGCAUCAGCUACCUCCGGAAGAGAUCGGUGGGGGCAGGCACCUUGGAGACCGACCGCCAGUGCAUGCUCGCAUUCUGCGCUUGGGCCCGCUGCUGUCUCACGGCCCUGUCCGAGCUCGAGGAGCCGGGCGGCCAGCUGGUCGAAUGCAUGAACGAGGAGUUCUUGAAGGGCGUCAAGGCCUGGCGGGGCGAGAAGCUGCUCGCCGAGCUGCUGUUCUUCAGCCCGGACUUCGGCCGCCUGGGCGGGCUACAUCUACCGAGAUCACUGCGCUGCCUGAAAGGGUGGGGGAAGCUUUCGCCACCUCGAUCUCGGAAGCCCUUGGUGUUCGCGAUCUGGGAGGCGUUGGCAGUGGAUCUCUGCCGCCUGGGGGCGCCUCUAGUAGGCGCGAUGGUGCUGAUCAUGGUAGAGUGCUACCUUCGGCCAGGAGAGAUGCUGAGCCUCACGAGCGACUCAUUUCUGGCACCGACGGAGCAUGCAGUGCGGAACUGGGUUGUAUGGCUGUUUCCAGAGGCUGGGGUGGCUCGAAGCAAGGUGGGGUCAGCGGGCGAUGCCAUCCCUUGCGAUUCAGGACGUUUGCCGUGGAAGUGUCACAUCUUCAAGGCCUUGAAGGGUCGUCAGCCUUCCCGGCCCAUCCUGGACUUGAGCUACCCGCAGUUCUUGGCCCUCUUCCGGAGAGCGGUCACGAACAUCGGAGCCGACGUCGUCCCAUACCAAGGCCGGCGCAGCGGCGCAUCGCUGGAUCGGGCAACGGGACGGCGCUCUCUGGAAGAGGUGCAAAAAAAGGGGCGAGGGGCGGCGAUGAUUUCGAUGAAGAGAUACGAGAAGUCAGGACGACUGAACGAGAACCUGGAGAAGCUGGGCGACGCCUCCAAGGCACACUGCGCCGCGGCGGCGAAGCUAGUGCAGGAUGUGCUGCUGCUGGGACGGCCCGCGCUUGUGCCGCCGUUCGGCGGCCGCGAGGGUUCUCGCGG